AUGUUUCUCGCUAUCUUGUACUUCGCUUUGCCCUUAGUGGAUGUACUUUUGUCCGCAGAAGUGAACGGGCUGCCUGGAGGGGACCGCCUUGACUGUGUGAAAGCCAGCGAUCAGUGUCUCAAGGAGCAGAGCUGUAGUACUAAAUACAGGACACUGAGGCAGUGUGUAGCCGGCAAAGAGAGCAACUUCAGCCGGGCGACAGGCCUGGAGGCAAAGGACGAAUGCAAAAGCGCCAUGGAAGCUCUCAAGCAGAAAUCUCUGUACAACUGCCGCUGUAAGAGAGGCAUGAAGAAGGAGAAAAACUGCCUGCGCAUUUACUGGAGCAUGUACCAGAGCUUACAGGGAAAUGACUUGCUUGAAGAUUCCCCUUAUGAACCAGUUAACAGCAGACUAUCAGACAUAUUCAGACUAGCACCAAUUGUAUCAGUGGAGCCAGUACUUUCAAAGGGGAACAAUUGCUUGGAUGCAGCAAAAGCUUGUAACCUAAAUGAUACCUGCAAGAGGUUCAGAUCUGCUUACAUAACCCCCUGCACCAGCAGCACGUCUAAUGAAAUCUGUAACAAGCGGAAGUGUCAUAAGGCCCUCCGGCUAUUUUUUGACAAAGUUCCCCCAAAGCACAGCUACGGGAUGCUCUUCUGCUCCUGUCGAGACGUAGCCUGUACAGAAAGGAGACGGCAGACUAUUGUUCCUGUGUGUUCAUAUGAGGACAGGGAGAAACCAAACUGCCUGAAUUUACAAGAAUCCUGCAAGAAGAAUUACAUCUGCAGAUCUCGUCUUGCAGAUUUCUUCACAAACUGCCAGCCUGAGUCACGGUCUGUUAGUAGCUGUCUGAAGGAGAACUAUGCUGACUGCCUCCUCGCUUACUCGGGGCUUAUUGGCACAGUGAUGACACCAAACUACAUAGACUCAAAUAGUCUCAGUGUUGCUCCAUGGUGUGACUGCAGCAACAGUGGUAACGACAUAGAUGAAUGCCUGAAAUUUCUGAAUUUCUUCCAGGACAAUACAUGCCUUAAAAAUGCAAUUCAGGCCUUUGGCAAUGGUACUGAUGUGAAUGUGUGGCAGCCAAUCUUACCAGUACAGACCACUACAGCUACAACUACAACAGCUUCCAGACUUAAAAACACAGGUUCAGAGACCACCAACAAUGAAAUACCCACCCACAACGAUUCACCAGCAUGUGCAAACCUGCAGGCACAGAAGAAGCGGAAAUCCAAUGAAUCUGUAGAUACAGAGCUCUGUCUUAAUGAGAAUGCUAUUGGGAAAGACAGCACAGCAGGAGUCUCCACCAGUCACAUAUCUUCAGAGAAUUCGCUCGCUCUUCCUGGAAGCUUCUAUCUAAGCACACCGCUCACUCUGAUGACACUUGCACUCUCACUCUGUUUGUUCCUAAGCUCAUCAGUCGUCUUGUAGCUGCAUUACAAAAGGACAUGUAAAAAAAAAAAAAAAAAAAAUCUGUUUCCUGUCCUCUGUUGUUUAUCUGGAAUUCCAGGUCUGGGAGCUAAGCUGAGGCACUCCUGCUAGAACAGUUUCAGUCAGCUGGAAUUUUUUUUUUUUUUCCCCUCUAAAAAAGCUUCUUGUGAUAUUUAGAGGCUUUGUGAAAUACUUGGUGCAGUGCUACAUUCCAAACCCAAAAGGCUUUUGGGCAUGCAGUGUUUUAAAGAGACAGAGUGUAAAUUUGCCUGUAAAGCGACCUGGUUGGAUUAUUUUAAUAAUUAUUAUUUUGAUUCUGGCUUUUACCUGAGAAGGAGGAUUGCAGUUUUCUUAAGAUCCUAUUUAUCUCAUUGAAUGGUUUUGGUUUUCAAAUUGAUUGAACUUCAGACUGUCAAGGAUGCCAGGCUUUUGUCUAAUGGUGAAUGUUCUUCUCCCAGAGAGUGGACUUUAUGAAACUUCUUUGUUUGAUAAAUUGCUACUGAUGUUAAACUCUUUCAGUGUAUUAGCAUUUUCUCUUUAAAUGUUUACGUACUGUAAGUGAUUCUGCGUUCCCUGCUGAGAAGCCAUUAAUUCACAUACAGGUGUAAUGUACAUCUUUCGGUUAAAUUCUCAUAAAAAUAGAGUGUGGCAUAGAACUUUCUAACAGUACAUUUAUCUUUUAAUUAUAAUCAUCUAGCCUUAACAAGGGUGAAGAUUCUUUAAAUUAACAAGAAGCAGCCAUUGUGAAAGCUUGAUAAAUUUGAGGAUAAGCAGUAGAAACAAAUUUUGCUACAGGGUUUCAGCUGUACAGUCUAUGGUCUUCUACGCUUCCAUUGUGAUAAUAUAGUCCAGUUAUUAUACUGUUCGUUUAAUAAAAAUUACAUACAAUUUAUUUGCUCUGCU